GACCUCGACGUGCGGCGGACGCUCGGCACGGGCGCGUUCGGGCGCGUGAAGCUCUGCUCCUACACGCCGCCCUUCGGGGAGCCCAAGGUCUACGCGCUCAAGAUGCUCGUGAAGAAGACCAUGGUCGAGAUGAAGCAGACGCACGCGGUGCUCUACGAGCGGAAGAUCCUGAACCAGCUCCGCCACCCGUUCAUCCUGCGGCUCCACACGACGUACCAGUCGCGCGACGCGUGCUACUUCCUCCUCGAGCUCGUCCAGGGCGGCGAGCUCUUCUCGCGGCUGACGACCUUCCCCGACGGCGACUUCCCCGCGGAGGAGACGCGGUUCUACUCCGCGGCGACGCUGCUCGCGAUGGAGUACGUCCACAGCCAGAACAUGGUCUACCGGGACCUCAAGCCGGAGAACAUUUUGAUCGACACGGCGGGCUACGUGCGCGUCGUCGACUUUGGCUUCGCGAAGCGCCUCGCGGGCGAGCAGCCGACGUUCACGAUCGUCGGCACGCCCGAGUACCUGUCGCCCGAGUGCGCGCUCGGCCAGGGCUACCGCAUGGACGUGGACCUGUGGGCCUUCGGGGUCCUCGUCUUCGAGAUGCUCAAGGGCAACGGGCCCUUCUGCCCCGCGGACCCGGACGACACGAUGGCCAUCUUCAAGCUCAUCUCGGACUGCCGCAUCGAGUUCUCGCGGAAGGAGACGUCGGCCUUCGGCGCGCCGGCGACGUCCCUCUGCAAGGAGCUCCUGAACCGGUCGCGGAAGAAGCGCCUCGGCAACCUCAAGGGCGGCGUGAAGAACAUCAAGGACCACGCGUACUUCGCGGGCGUCGACUUCCACGCGAUCCUCAACCGCCGCGUCGCCGCGCCCUGGAACCCGGAGGUCUCCGACCCCUUCGACACGUCCUGCUUCGACGAGUACGACGAGGCCAUGGACAUCCCGACCUUUGCCGGCGACCAGCACGCGUUCACGGAGUUCUCCGACGGCACGAUCGACGACUCCCACCUCGUCCACAACGUCCAGCAGCAGCUCCUGCCCACGGUCCACUGA